CUUUUGUUGUUGAUUCCUCCACUGCAUCGUCUCUCAUUUCUUUGCCCCUACGCCUCCCUCCUCACUUUCGUCCUCUGGAAGCGCUUUCGCAUAAAACAUCAAGUCUAUACGCCUCAGGGCAUUAUCAUUCGCCGACACACAAAGUCACCACCCUUCCUUCUCAUCAGUGAUCAAGAUGUCGUCCAACAGCAUCCCAGAAAGCGCUCAGCCUGCAGCCGACAGCAACACUGAUCAGCACCGGACCGAGAGCCAGGACCAGAACCAGGGUCAGGGCAUGAACCAGAGCGGAGGUCAUGCUGGCACAUAUCGACCUUCUGUGAAAGACAUGCAAAACGACUCAAUUGCCAUCUUGGCAGAGGCGUGGACCAAGAGCGACGCUUCAGCUGAUAAUUAUGAUGCUGAGGUCAUUGAGCGCGUCUACCGGGAGGAGCUUGUCAAGCAUGACUUUAGCAUUAUAAAACUGACACUGCUUGAAGUCAAUCAGUAUCUGGAGAAGUACCUCUGGCGCCACUACCAGCCCGACCAGUCUCCAACAAUACACGUCCUUUCGAUCGUCUUGAUGGUGAAUGAAAAGUUCAGAAGCAGAGUCGAAGCAUGGGGCACAUUUGAGGAAUCACCAGAGAACUUUCCAGCUUUUUUUGAAGAGGUUCUGCGACUUUGCUUACAGGAAUCGGAGGAGGUUGACUUAAGAAUGAAGCGAUAUCUCUUGGUGUUCAUGAUCAACUGCUUCCAGAGUCUGGAGAAUGCCCUCAUCAGAUCAGAAUGCAUGAGGCUAGUCUCGUUGUCAACCUGGCACUCAUUGGUGUCUUCCGCAAAAAGAGAAGCAGAGUUCAAGGAAUACCCACAACUCUUGAAAUUCUGGAAGCAUCUCGAGAAGAAGUUCGACGCAAUGGAUCCAAAACAGCAGGAAAAGGCGGUCUUCGAGAGGACAUGGCUGAGCGAAAUGAUGAAGCGCUUUGUGGAGAUCCUGGAAUCUAUCGAGGAUGAUGAACAAGACAAGAUUGCAUACUGUGAAAGAUUCAUGGAGUUUUUGAUCGAUUUGGAGGCGCAAUUGCCAACGAGGCGCUAUUUCAACACGCUAAUUGAGGAUCACCAGAUUGUUGCCAUCUGCAAGCUGUCGAAACUCGCCAGCAACAAGAGGGCCGGUGCAUUAUUCGCCCAGCUUUUGGACAUCCUUGCCUUCUAUGUCGGGUUCGAGAUCAACAGCCAUACUGGACUCGCCCUCACCAGGGAGGAGAUGACCGAGAUUCAUGCCUCAAAACUGACAAAACUCCAGCGCAUUGCAUUCUCGUACUUCAAAGAUGAGCUCAUCGACCUCGCAAUGACCAACCUCAGGGCCAUCGAGAACAGAGAAUCGCUUACAAAGCAAUUUGACAACCUGAACCAGGAGCAGCUCGUGCAACUCUGCCAAAUUUUGCACAUCAGGACAGCAAGGAUCACGAAUUCUUCAGCGGAGCAUUCACGAGCGAUGUUACUGGAGGUUCUGCUUCUUCAGUUCGAGAAACGACAUAGUCAGAUUGAACAGAUCAAUGCCUUGCCUCUUUAUCCAGACGAGAAUGCGCUAUUUGAGGACGCUGCCGUGAAGGAGGAGAUGUACAAUGCGGAUCGGCCACUCGCCCUACCAAAGCUCAACCUUCAGUUCUUGACGCUUCAUGAUUACUUGCUCCGCAACUUCAAUCUCUUCAGACUGGAGAGCAACUACGAAAUCCGACAGGAUAUUGAGGAUGCCGUUAGGAGACUUGGACCAAGAGCAGGGCCGACCGAAGGCACUACGGUUUUUUCGGGAUGGUCUCGAGUCGCUGCGCCGAUCAGCUACUUUAAGAUGGUCGAGGUAGCGAAGCCCAAUCUAGGUGAGGAUAAGCCUUCCUUAAUCACCGCGGAUGUUACGUUCAAUGUCAGGAAAUACACCGAUGCGAUUCAGGCAGAAUGGGAAGCUAUCCGUGAGCACGAUAUCUUGUUCCUGUUGACGAUUGAGGCGCAUGAGGACAUUGAUGAGCAAUGGGAUGGCAAGGUCUCCUUCCGAAAGCACUAUGGUCUCAAAUGCGUUCGUGGAUGUGAGGUUGUGAGCGUGAUUGGACCCAAUGGCAGGCCCUUUGACUACAAGAAGAGCGAUCCUCAAAUGAUCCAGGAUCAUCGCACCGGUAACACAAGGACCUUCCGCGUGGCACUGGACCCUAACCAGUAUAAGAUUGAUCAGGAGAAUGUCAAGAAGAAUGGUGGGUCCGACGUGUACCAGACAUUCAACAUUGUUCUGCGCAGGAAACCUCAAGAGAACAACUUCAAACCCGUACUGGAGACAAUCCGCGAUCUGAUGCAGAGCGAUCUGAUGGUACCGGAGUGGCUCCACGAUGUGUUCUUAGGAUACGGAAACCCCAACAGCGCACAUUACUCGCAGCUGAAGCGACAGAUUAGAGAAAUCGAUUUCAGGGACACAUUCUUGGAUCUGGAUCAUCUCAAGGCUUCCUUUCCUGGUAUGACCGUCAAGGCAAAGAAUGGUGAUGAAAGUGCAUUGGGUGUACCGUUCGUUGUCAAGUUCCCGGAAGCUGUAGAGGCUGCUACUUCGGGCUCAAAGAAGAAGAAGGGUGGCGAGAAGGGAAAGAAAGAGAAGGCUAACAAGGGUCAGGAAGAGCAGGCGCAGGACGAGCUGAUUGUGAGCACAUAUAGGACUCCCAAUAUGGGCCCUUACCCUGAGGAUAUUCCCAACAGAAACCAGGUCCGGUUCACUCCUACGCAGGUGGAGGCGAUCAAGGCAGGAACGAACCCAGGAUUGACGUUGGUUGUCGGACCUCCUGGAACAGGAAAGACGGAUGUCGCGGUCCAGAUCAUCGCCAACCUCUACAACAAUUUCCCGAACCAGCACACGCUUCUCGUCACGCACUCGAACCAAGCCCUGAACCAGCUCUUUGAGAAAAUUAUCGCCUUGGAUGUAGAUGAGCGCCACUUAUUGCGUUUGGGUCACGGAGAAGAGGAAUUGAACACGGAGCUCAGCUUCAGCAAGUAUGGUCGUGUCACCUCAUUCUUGGAGAAGCGUGUCAAUUUAUUGGCGGAGGUCGAUCGCUUGGCAUAUUCAUUGGAGAUUGGAGGCGAGCAUGGAUCGACAUGUGAGACUGCUGGUUACUUCAAUUCAUACCACGUCAUUCCCAUGUGGAGAGAGUUUGAACGCCAAGUGAGCAGCAAGGAGGAGAGUGAGCAGAGUAUCGAGCUAGUCAAGGAGCUGUUCCCGUUCAAAGUCUACUUCAGCAAUGCGCCCUCACCUCUGUUCUCAGAUUGCGCCACCUUCGAAGACGCCAUGGAGGCUGCGCAGGGCUGCUUCCGUCAUCUAGGCAAGCUGUUUGAGCAGCUGGAGGAGGUUUCCGCAUUCGAGUUGCUUCGCACAAGCUACGACAGGGCCAAUUAUUUGCUGACAAAGGAGGCUAAGAUCAUUGCGAUGACAUGCACGCAUGCUGCGCUCAAGCGCCGCGAGCUCGUGAACCUUGGAUUCAAGUACGACAACAUCGUGAUGGAAGAGGCUGCUCAGAUUCUGGAGGUCGAGACGUUUAUCCCCAUGCUGUUGCAAGAACCCGAAGACGGCGUGAACCGCCUGAAGCGUGUGAUCCUAAUCGGAGACCAUAACCAGCUUCCACCCGUGGUCAAGAAUACUUCAUUCCAGCAGUACGGCAACAUGGAGCAGAGUAUGUUUACGCGGUUCGUGCGUUUGGGCGUACCCACGGUCGAGCUGGAUGCGCAGGGUCGUGCACGCUCAGAUAUGGCAGCGCUGUACAAGUGGCGGUACAAAAACUUGGGCGACCUGCCAAACAUCACGGAAAGGGAGGAGUUCAGGUUCGCCAACCCUGGAUUCUUGUACGACUACCAAUUUGUGAACGUGGAUAAUUUCAAGGGACAGGGUGAGACUGCACCACGGCCUCAUUUUAUUCAGAAUUUGGGAGAGGCUGAGUACGUGGUGGCAGUGUACCAGUACAUGCGGUUGCUGGGCUAUCCGGCCGAGAAGAUCACCAUCCUAACGACGUAUAAUGGACAGAAGGAUUUGAUCCGCGACGUCCUGAAUCAGCGGUGCAGCUGGAACCCAAUCUUUGGACGACCUGCAUGUGUUGCGACCGUCGACAAGUACCAAGGUCAACAGAACGACUAUGUGCUGCUGUCGCUGGUCAGGACAAAAGCCGUAGGACAUGUUCGCGAUGUACGCCGUCUGAUUGUGGCGCUCUCCCGUGCCCGUUUGGGCCUGUACAUCUUUGGUCGCCAAAAGCUGUUCCAGAACUGCCACGAGCUCGAGCCGGCGUUUAAAAGACUGCUGGAACGACCCACGAAGCUGUGGCUCAAGACUGGAGAGAUGUAUCCGAAUACCACGCGUUUGAUUACUGGCGGUACUGGAGACGAGAAGACAAAGGAGGAUGCUGUCGCUAAAGAGGCAGAGGAAGAACAAGCACAGAAGAAGGGCGGCAAAAAGACCAAAAAGGCCAAGAAGAACAAGGCGGAGAAGGAGGAAGCCAAGGAGAAGGAGGCAGCAAAGACCAAGGAUUAUGAGAUUGAAAGUGUCAGUCAGAUUGGCGAGUACGUGUUUGGCAUGAUGAAGGAGCAGCAGCAGUAUGCGGUUCAGUUGCAGCAGACGUAUAUCCAAAGCUUGCAGCCUCCUUCAGAGGAGACCGAGAAUAUUGCUCCUGCUGGCGAUGCUGCCACUGCGGAUGUAGAGAUGGCAGAGGGUUCUACUGAGCAGGAGAACCCAACCAUGGAUGUCGACUAACAAUAGCCACUUUCACUUUGCUGCAUGCAACGCAUAAUAAAAUAAAAUAAAAUAAA